GAAAGUUUCUGUUAGGUAUUUUUCAUAGACAUUUUAUAUUUAUUAUAGACAUUUGAAGCCAUGAGGUUACUUAUAUUAUUCAGUGUAUUGGUAACCAUCAACAAUGCUUGUGGAGAGUACGAGCCAUUAGUAAGAAACUAUCAUGGAGAAGUUGGUAUCCCGGAAGCAGCACGUAUCAGGGCAGCAGAAGCUGCCAUGACGCCCAAUAAUGAUGCAGUGAAAUUUCCUUUUGUGGCAGGUUUAAUCAUCAAGUUAACAAGUGGUGAGGAGUCCGUGUGCAGUGCCUCUCUUCUAUCCAAUACUAUAUUGGUGACAGCUGCUCAAUGCUGGCGCACCAACUAUCACCAAGGAGAAACGAUGACAGUUGUUCUUGGAUCCAAUCGCCUUUUUUCUGGUGGUGUUCGAGUCGACACCAAUGAUGUGGUAAUACUUUCAAGCUACAAUAUGGACAGGGUAACAAACGACGUCGCGGUGGUGACCAUAAAGCACGUUGAUUUUACAGACAAUAUAAAGUCAAUUCCAUUGGACUCAAGAAUAAACCCUGAUUUCUAUGGAACGAUAGCAACUGUAGUGGGGUAUGGUACAGUUGGAGCUGAUAAGGAUCGUAAGUCUUCAAUGAGGGACAUCAAGGUCGAAAUAAUACGUCAAAACCAAUGCUACUUUGUAUUCGGUUACUCGGCAAUAGUUGCUUCAGUGAAUUGCGCAAAAAAUUUCGUUGGUAACAUUUCCUGUACUGGUGACACUGGAGGUCCUCUUAUCAUUAAUAAUACGUUGGGCGGCAUCGCAUCUUUCACCGGACCCCAAGGUUGCGAACGUAAUAUACCGGUUGCCUAUACUUUAAUAAUUUACGUUGGUCCUUGGAUAAAACAAUUUUUGUAGACUGUUUAAAAGUAAAGAUGAAUUUUAUAUACAUAUUAUUUUUGUAUUAUUCAGAAAACUUUCGUCCAUCAGUCCGUCAUCGUAUCGUUUAAUACAACACAUCUAUAGUGACAAAUAUCUUUUUUUAUUAAUAGCAAAGUUAAGACUUAACAGAAAGCGAAGUAACUUCCAAAAUUGAGCGUUGUUCGUGGAUUAUCUUAAUUAUACAAACCAGACGUUCAUGAAUAUUUAACCGUCAAACUUCUCUAACUUAAUUUCUAUACUGUGUUUGAUGGUAACAACAUCUCAACGUCAUUUGUAGCAUUAAAAAUACAUUUUGAUUAAAAAACAGUUAACGUUUUCAACAGAA